AUGUCUGAAAUGAACGCCACUACCGGUGCUAAUCUUGACAAUGAGAUGCAGGAAAUCUCGAACUUGGUCACUAAAAUCAGAAAGAAUCUACUAAAUGUGAAGAGCACUUGGGGACCAGAGAGUCACCAAUACCGCGACGCACUUCAGGCAAUGCAAGAAUUUAUGCGAGAAAAGGAUGGUCUUUACGAGCGAAUGGAUAGGAUGCUAGCGAAGAGUCGAGAAUUGGAGAAAGAUGUGCCAAGCGAACCGCAAAAGGAUAUCGACGUGCGACAGAACAUUACCGAGAGGACGAUCGAGCAAUUUCUCGCUGAUCUGAAGAUCCAAUAA